AUGACGCAACGUUUCCGGUCAACCCAGCAGCCAGAGAUUACUUCUUUCAUUCAGUUCAACCAAACUAUCAUUCAACACAGUGGAUUACGGAUGGUACUUAUGUGUGGACGUUCAGUGCAAAAUCUUGUUCUGCCCACAGGGUGUAAGGAGACACGCCUCAAGCUCGAAGCGGGAGAGAUUCCUAUGUUUCUCGACAUCGAAGAGGGUGCUAUCAAACGAAUCUAUGUUCUGAUACCCAAUCCAACUGAUGCGUUUUUGCUACGGGAUUGGCGAAAAACUCACAGAAUAUCUGAGAUCCUUCAUUUCACAUCAGCUAUUACGAAAACUGUCGGCAUUCGCCCCUACGCUGGCGAUAAUGGAUGUGUCCUGACAAAGGCCAUCCGCGAUCACAUGGAUGAGCAAAAAGGAAUCGAGGGACUUCUAACAAUUCAGACUCUCCAUCCAAUGACUCGUCUUUGGCUUACACGCAGAGGAUUUGCGACAGAUGAAGACAUAUCUCUUUUGCAAAAGCGAGCGGGUGGGAGUCUCGCUCACGCAAUCCUUGUUUUACUCCAUGUCCCCCCGCGUCACUUUCAAAAAGUCUCAACGAUGUCCUCUGUGAGCUCAUUUCAUAGAUCCGAGAAGAGAAAUUUUCCAAGAUUCAAGAUUGAUAAAGCGGAACUUGAAGCUGUUCGGGAGCUCUCUGACAAAAUGGGUGGGAAGCACCCAGUUGAUUCUGACCAUCCUAGUGAUAAUGUAAUCCAAGAGAUCACACACAAGGAGGAAGAAUUGGAAGCAGAUGUCGGGAAAGUUGACGUUCUCGAAAGAGAAGACCUGGAAGCUUCUCGAAUGCGUGUUGAUGACCACGGAACCUUGGCUCUUGCAAUUGAGACCGCUAUCUUUCCAUGGAAAAGGCGAAAUGCUCGUCCUAGUGCUGGUGAUCGAAGCUACACCAUAGGAGAUGAGACCCGAGAAGAACUCUUACGAGGCCGCAAAUAUCUCGGGAAUAGGACUAGAAAACAGGGGUUUUUGGGGUUGACAAUACAUUCAUGCAUUGAGCUUCUCAUUCGUACGGAAGAGCCCCAGCAGGAAGUCACCGUGAAAGCGGAGAUCAGACCACCUGGCCAGCGACAUCAAAAUGUAUGGGCUAAAGAAGCCCUCACGACGGAUCCGGGGUCACGGUUGGCUUUCUGCAUUACUUACAAAAUGGGCAUCGCGGAAACAUCGUCCUAUGUGACUUCAAACCUGGACAGGGACUUGUACAAGGCUAAUUCAUUCGUUCACUGGAUGGAGGGUGAGGACGUCACGCAGAUCGUUGCAAGGCCAAGGCAAUUUGUCGUCGUGAGUUCAUUGACCAAGACCCUUCCUCAUGGCAUCCCAGAGCCUGGCUCUUUCUACACCGACGAUCACGCCACGUUGUUUCCUGCUAAGGAGUUCGAGCUGCUUAAGAAGCGCAAAUUCGACCAAGCAUGA